AUGGUCCUCACCUCAGACCUCACAUGGUUCUCACCUCAGGCUCACAUGGUCCUCACCUCAGAACUCACAUGGUUCUCACCUCAGACCUCACAUGGUCUUCGCCUCAGACUCAUAUGGUCCUCACCUCAGACUCACAUGGUCCUCACCUCAGACCCAUAUGGUCCUCACCUCAGACUCACAUGGUCCACACCUCAGACCUCAUAUGGUCCUCACCACAGACUCAUAUGGUCCUCACCUCAGACUCACAUGGUCCUCACCUCAGACCCAUAUGGUCCUCACCUCAGACUCACAUGGUCCACACCUCAGACCCAUAUGGUCCUCACCACAGACCCAUAUGGUCCUCACUUCAGACUCAGAUGGUCUUCACCUCAGACCUCACAUGGUCCUCACCUGAGACUCACAUGGUCCUCACCUCAGACCCAUAUGGUCCUCACUUCAGACUCACAUGGUCCUCACUUCAGACUCACAAGGUCCUCACCUCAGAACUCACAUGGUUCUCACCUCAGACCUCACAUGGUCUUUGCUUAA